CCCAAAUGUACAAUCCAAUUUAACACUUCGUACUUCUCUCAAUCUAUGUAGUAGCAACUUUUUUUAAAACCUGUAUAUUGCAUAAAACAGUGCCAUUUGUCCUUCCCGAAACACGCAGUGUCUCACACAGUUUCGAUCAGAUUCUAGCAGAUAGAGAAAACAUCGCAUCGGAGAUGGGGUUUAUAAUGGAGUUCGCUGAGAAUUUGGUGCUGAGAUUGAUGGAGGAUCCGAAAGAGAGAGAUCGGAAGUUCAGAGAGCAGCUGUAUCAUAGGAAGGAUCAGUGCAAGAAGACGAAGGAGAUGUGGAGCCUUCCUCUCCGUCCGUACGGUUUCUGGACGUUUGACCGCCACAACGCUCAGCUCUUUUGGGAUGCUCAGAUUAGCCAAGUGCCUGGCCGUAGGGACCCCUACGAUGAUCUCCUCCAAGAUAUCACCAACUAAUUUGAAGGUUAGCAGUCAUCAGCAGACUGAUUUGGAGCUUUCUAACGGAAAUGGAGUGAAAAGGGUGAUGAGGAAGCUUUUCUUUUAUCAGUAAUGUGAGCAUCUCUGUAAUAAGUGAAUACGGUGGUCUGUUUAUUGAGAUUUGGUUGUGUCCCCUUUGUAUUGGAGGUUUCCUUGAAGAUAUUUUUUGUUAAAUAUUCAUAAGCUCAUUUCUACCCUUU